AUGUCCUUCUUUGGCUUCGAUGCCAGGCCUCAUGGCCACAAUACGGCGGCACCAGGGUUCUCGCAGUCCCACGACCCCUUUGCCGGCCUAUCAAGGCGUGGCGAUGAAGACGAUGCUGUGGAUUUCGAGGAUACCUACGAUGGACUAGGUGACCAGCUCGAGGAAACCGGCGACGCGUUCAACGAUGAUACAUUCGGGGGUGAUACCGUCGUCGCGGGAAAUGUUGGAAAGGACUUUGACUUUUUUGGACAAACCGCCAAAGUUGCCGACGCCAUCGAGGAAGAACAUGUCCGUUUCACUCGUCAGCUGCCUGCGACGAGGCCAAAUGCGGCGCACUCUCAACCCCCCACUUUGCCGUCACAAACAGACUCUCACUAUGCUACUUCGCCGGCUCAAAAGCCGGCUCGGACUGGAUAUGAAAAGUACAAGGAAGAACCUCUACCAGACCUUCAUGUGGAUCAGAGCAUCUGGGGAAUCGGACCUCCCAAGACCACGCCUCUACCCCCACAGCCCGCUCCGCAAGCUUCCUCCUCCUCUUCUGCCACUGGUUCAUCUAGUAGGAGAAUCAUGACUCUUGAGGAAGUCGAAGCGGCCAUGCGAAACCAGGCUUCGCGGCAGGCACAAUCUCAGAUUCCAUUCUCUGACCCUGCCAUCUUCCAGCAAGGCCCCUCGUCUGACAUCCGCCCCGAUGUGGAACAGCCCCCGAAACAGCAGCAGCAGCAGCAGCAGCAGCAGCAGGGUGGGCAUGCGGGUCACGGACAUCCCGUCACUAUCCUCCAGCGCCCUCAGAGCCUUCAAGCCCGACCAGCAGAACAGACGGCAAUGCCACCCCUACAGCAGUCACGCCAGCAUGCACCUCCAGCGCAGCCCACCCAGAUCCUGCAGAAUCCUAGCCGGAAUGCGGGAGGCUCCAUCACUAUGGCAUUGUCUGGCAUUCAGGGACAUCGCUCUCAAGGCUCUAUCCAGGGUCUUGCGCAAUUGCAUGCCCAUCCGCAUGUAAUGCACAUGUCUGAGGAUGAAAAGGCAGCUUUCCUGGACCAGGAGACCAAGCGAGCGAAGCGCAACCACAAGAUCUGGCUUUUAUCCAAGGACAACGGGCUCAUGACUCCCCAAGACAAGAACUUCAUCACUCGAAUCCAACUGCAACAACUUGUUUCCGCCACUGGCAAUCCCGGGGACGAGGAUUCCGAUGCCUUGGUCUCGGAAGAUUUCUACUUCCAGGUCUACAGCCACAUUCGGGCCGGUCAGAGACAGAAUCCCAGCCAACCGCUGAGUAAUUUUGCUCAGACCUAUUUGUUCCAGACCGGCAGCCGCCAUGGAGGCAUGCGUCGCCACGGCAGGCCGGCUGAGAAUCAUAUCCAGCGAAUGGAGCAGCAGGUGCAGAGGGCCGUCGAAGCCGCGAAGAACAAGCCCAAAAACCCCCAGCUAGUCAUUGCCGGCAGCCUGGGAAAGAUUUCUUUCAGCAAUGCCAAGACGCCAAAGCCCUUGCUCAACAUCAAGCGGCCUGAAAACGAGACGCAACGCUCGAGCAACGGCAGGAAACCCCCCCACGCGGAAACCGUGCUCGACCGCAAGCGCGUUCUGCGCAAUAUCGAAAAGGUCUACGACACGUUAAUGAAGAUUGAAGACCACGUUCGGCUUGUUCCUCAACCCUCGUCCAACCCUGCCGAAGCCGGAAUGGACCAGAGGCACCGGGAAUGGACGUCUACGUUGGAAGUGUACAACGCAAGGCUGUGGGCAGAACUCAAGGUACACGAACCAAUCGGUGCCACUGUGCCUCACCCUUUCAUUGCCUUCCUGUCUUGCGCCAAGGGCAAACGGGCGAUUCCCCGCAUCUUCCCCCAUCUCACUUUUGAGCAGCGGACGACCAUCCUGACAAUGAUCAUCUACCACCUGGAUCAGCUUGACGUGGUCCAAGACGUCGCCAUCACGAGCGGUGAGACGGACUUGAACUCGCGCAUGCGCGAAAACAUCGAGCUGUUCAUCUCCACCGUCAUGCCUUCUCUGAUGCAGUAUUUCAACGAGACUGGGCUGGAUAUCGUGGAUGGGGUCCUGCACCUCAUUGCUACCAAGCUAAAUGUCGAGCUCAUUGCUAGAACAAGAAUCGGGGUCUCCAUGCUCACCCUGAUCCUCAGCCGGGCUGUGCUCUUGAAGCAGACCGGCGCCGGCAGCGCGGAGCAGUGGGAGAAAUGGGACCAAACCUUUCAGAUUCUGUUCAGCAAGCUGGAGCCGUCGUUGGCAUACAUUUUCCCCGGCAAUGUGAAUGCCGGAGUUGACGUUUAUGUCUGGCAAUUGCUUGCGGCAAUGGGCGUCAGUGCUUCCCACGACCAGCAGACCCGGCUUGUUCUUGCCGUCAAAGAUCGUGUGUUGGACACUGUAUCCAUGUCCAAGACUCUCCCGCCGACCAUGGCUGCUGAGCGUCUCGGAAGCGUAAAUCUUUUUAUGCGAUCCAUCGGGCUGGACGUUGAUCUUUUACAGUAA